AUGUUUUAUUUUUGUUUUUUAUUAGAAACACCAAAAAGUUUUUCAGCUCGUGUUCUUGGUAUGGUUUGGGCAGGUUUUGCUAUGAUUAUGGUUGCUUCUUAUACGGCUAAUUUAGCUGCUUUUCUUGUACUUGAUCGACCUGAAGCAAGUUUAUCAGGAAUUAAUGAUGCUCGAUUAAGAAAUCCACAAGAAAAUUUUACAUAUGCAACAGUGAAAGGUUCAGCAGUUGAUAUGUAUUUUAAACGACAAGUUGAAUUUUCUACAAUGUAUCGAAAAAUGGAAGCAAAAAAUUAUUUAUCAGUUGAAGAUGCAAUAUUAGAUUUACGAAAUGGAGAUUUAAAUGCAUUUAUUUGGGAUUCACCAAGACUUGAAUAUGAAGCAGCACAAGAUUGUGAUUUAAUUACAGCUGGUGAAUUAUUUGGACGAUCAAGCUAUGGAAUUGCAUUAAGAAAACAAGAUUCAUGGAUUAAUCCACUGUCUAAUGUUAUAUUAUCAUUUCAUGAAAGCGGUUUAAUGGAAAUACUUGAUAAUAAAUGGAUUUAUUCAAAACUUGACAAACAAUGUUCUGAUCGUUCAUCAUCACCAGCAACACUUGAAUUUCAUAACAUGCUUGGUGUUUUUUUACUUGUUGCUGGCGGAGUAUUUGUUGGUUUUUUUGUUCUUAUUAUUGAAAUUAUAUUUAAAAGACAAAAAGAACGAAAACAAAGAGAAAAUGAAAUAUCUCGAAAAGUUAUGAUUUAUUGGAAGAAAAAAGCCGAUCAACGUAAUCAACUACGUAUGACAAUGUUUGAAUCUGAUAAUUAUGAAAAACAAGAUAUUGAUUCAAAUUCUUAUCAUCGAUUUUCUUCAAAUCGUAUUGACUAUCCUGUAUCAUCAAAUUUCUCUUGA